AGCCAUUUUGGCUCAAGCCUGCUUGGUUCAAGCGUGCUUGGGCAGGCGAUGGCGCGGGAGGUUCUGCGGGGCGCGGCUGGUGCCCGUGCCUCGGCAGACCGUCUGGUGCAGAAGUUGGUCAAGCAGCACGCGGAGGCCCGCGAGGAUGCCGACUCCCUGAGGCGCACCCUUCGGCAGCUCCUGGGCGGCUUCGAGGAUCUCAUCGGGGACGCGGAGCUGGCGGACCGCGUGGUGGCGCUGAUUCCUGCCUUGCGCGCACUCCUGAAGGGCGAGACGCCCUCGCCCGAGGACGUGAUCAGGCGCAACGUCGCGCUGCACGCCGACGCCGAGGGCGAGAGCGUGGCAGAGGCGCGGCCCGCGCGCCUUCGGCAGUUGCAGAGGAGUGCGCGUCUCGAAGCUCGUCUGCAGGGCGUCGGUGGCGCGGAGGUGCUCGGGCAGAAGCUGUGCGCCGUGGCGGGCAACCCGGCCGUGCUUCGCGAGCAGGCUGCCCCGUUCUGGCCGCGGCACCCCCCGGGAGUCUGGGAGCAGCUGGACGGCGCCGGCUGGGAGAGCAGGACUGCGAGCGGUGCUGCACGCGCGGAGUCGCGGCCGCCGCGGGCGCGGGACGCCUUCCUCACGGUCCAGCGCGUUGGGCCUUGGGAGCCGCUGCCCCCCGUGUGCAUCCGCUGCACAUGUGGCGCCGUGGUCUUCGCCUCGGCUGGUCUUCACGCGCGUGCUGACGCUGCGGCUGGUGCUGGAGAGCCUCUGCCGACAGGCUCCGCGGGCUCGGGUGGUGGUCACGUUGAGGCCGUCUCCAGCCCCGUGGGCAGUGCGGCCGACUCGGCCGAGUCCGACUACCAGGAGGUGGGUGCUGCCGACGCUGAAGUGGAUACGACCUGCUCGGUGUCGGAGGCGGCGCCACAGGCCAGCACUGCGGUUCUGGCGUACCUGCACGCUCACCCUGCGGCGCUCCUCUCGGGAGGCGGCGGGGCCCUCGCGGCUCCUGUGGCUGGCGGCACUGGUCCUGGCGCUGGUUUCGAGGGCAGCCGCGUCCGCAGGGAGCGAGGUGCAAGCACGGGGCGGCGCGCCCGCCGCGUCCGCUUCGACCUGCGUCCCGUCGUCGUCGGCACGGCCUUCGAGGAGGGGUCGGAGGAGGCCCCCCCGCGCGGAGGCGGGGCUGGCGGCGUGGACGAGCCCGUCCGCGGUCUCUGGGCCUUUUUGGACGACCUCUCGGUAGCAUCGAUCGCCUGUGCUGCUCACGGGCCCUCGCUCGCGCUCGAGAGGCUCCUCGUCCUUGCCGAGGCCCAGGUGCAGGACGGUUAGCCUUGCGUGCGGACGCUAAUUCCGUUUGCUCCGUGCAUUCGCAUUUCUUGUAUUUGAAUGUGUACGUGUGCUUGCAAUCGCGGCGCUUCGCGCCUGGCACCCGUGGGGCCCAGGGUUUUUCGGGGCUCUUCCCCUGCUCCUGGGGCUCCCUGGAGGUGCGGAGGUGGCCCGAGGCGGCCCCUCCUCUGGUGGAGGGUGGCCCGAAGCGGCCCCUCCUGGAGCUACCCAGCCUUUAUGGCCCCGCAAAGACAAAGAC